AUGGUUGGACUGCUAGUGGCUUCCUUUCCUCGACGACCUAAACUCAGACUCAACACGGAAGCCGAACGCACUGCUUUCCCCAAUUCCACAGCUCUAGUAAAACGAUGCCUUGACGUUGCCAUCCAAGCCCGCGGGACCGGGUACCUUGAUCGCAACGCCACGGUCUACGAUGCAGCGAUCAGCUAUUUUCUCGGUGUAUGUGCCGGAUAUAUUUACAACAUGCGUCGAUGCCGGGUGUACCUGUCGGAAUGCCGGGUCAUGCUCCAAGUGUACGAUUUAUGCCGAUCUCCGACCACCACCAACCGCCCAUCCUCGACAUCAGGGCCCCUCAAUCCAAGAUCAUCGGCCUCAGCAAUGGUCCACAAUCAAUCAGCACAAACUUUCACGGAAAGCCAGGGGAUCGACCUCAUCACGCAAGAGCUCGGCCGGCGUCUGUUCUAUGUCACCUUUGUUGGAUAUCAGACAUUACUCCAGAUGGGCUCUUCGGAUAUCAAGGUUCAUGUUCCCCCAGAGACACCAACGGACCGUUACCCACCACUCCCACUGGAGAUCGACGAUGAAUUUUUAUUCUCAACAUAUGUUGAGCCGCAGCCAUCCGACCGAGUUUCACAGCUAGUCGGAUUCAACGCAAAUGUCCGCGUCUACAGCUCGUAUACCACCCUGCUAGCUUGGGAAAUAGCGUUCGGCAGCGGUCAAAUCUUUGAUUGGGAGCACCAGCGCCACUGCAUUUGGGACUGUCUGAAGCAAGCAAAAUCUGCACUUAUCGAUGUUCCUUCUGAAUUGUCUCUCCACAAUCCUAAACACAUGUCUCACAUAUCCCCGGCGGGUUUGGCAGGUCUUGGCGGAGAUGAUACAAUUUUCAGCUACUCUAAUGAUCAUAUCCACCAAGAACGACGUGCCAUACAGUAUGAAAUCCAGAAAGCCAAUAUCUACGCAAGCCAGCUAUGCACCAGGUCCUAUCUAGUCGAGAAGUACUGGAGCCUUUUCGAGACAUUUUCAAAGUAUGGAAAGUCCCCUAAAUUUUCGACCCUGGGCAGCACCACACCACAUAUCAAGAUUGAAGGAAGACUUCAUCCGGUACCGAGUGCGAGUGCCACUGCCACUGGUACAGCCCCGUCGGAAAUCAACACCCAAGCUCAUCCCCAUGCACAAACCGACUACAUUUGCCGCAUGAUGGCCGAAGAGCGCAAACUGGUCAUUAAAGAUCUCUUCGUACUAUUACGAACAGUGAACGAAGUGAACAUGGAGCCAAACGGUGCAAGCAUUGUACGCUCCCCUUGCUCAAAACACCACUUUCUCUCACGUAUGAAACUGACAAAAGGUCCUUGUUUACAGACCAACAAAAUCCGCCAAGUGGCAUCCACCCUCCUCGGCCUCUCCCACCGAACGAAUCAAUCCUGCACCGAAAUCCCAAACCUCAAGACCGCUGCUGCACCAUCACCAACGACCGCACCGCCAGGCCUCCACAUUCUCACCGCCGCAGAAGCGGAAUCCUACCUACACGCAUUCAUCGAGACGCUUGUCCGACUGGAAUGCCAUUCCUUCGUGGGUGAGGCAGCCAGUCCUGCCGACGGCGUUAGUCCGCAAAUGAACGGCCGCGCUAUGAGCUAUUUGAGUGAUUACGAGCGCGACCAAGAAGAAUUGAGCCAGUGGGCAAGUUUAAAGGAGUAUCAGCAGAAGUUUGCGGAAGCUGGCGGUGUUUUGCAUCAGUUGUAG